AUGACAAGUUCGGUGCACGAUCACGAGUCGAAGCUGCUAGAGCCAUACACUUACAUCAGCGAACUACCUGGCAAGAAUGUACGUGGCAAGCUGAUCGGUGCAUUCCAAUCAUGGUUACACGCUCCAGUAGAGGCUGUCGAAGGUAUUCAGCGCAUCGUUGAUCAGCUGCACAAUGCGAGUCUGCUGAUUGACGACAUUGAAGACGACUCGGAGAUGCGACGUGGUCAGCCUGUGGCUCAUCACAUCUUUGGCGUACCGGCUACUAUAAACUGCGCUAAUUACGUAUAUUUUUUAUCACUUCAAAAGUGUCAGGCGCUGGGAAACCCAAAAGCCUUGCAGGUUUAUACAGACGAGAUGCUGCGACUGCACCAAGGUCAAGGACUCGAUAUUUUCUGGAGAGACCAUUUGCAGUGCCCAACAGUAGACGAAUAUCUCGAAAUGGUGCAAAAUAAAACGGGAGGACUUUUUCGAUUAGCUGUUGGAUUGAUGCAAGCCUUUAGCGACUCCACUUUGGACUUCAUACCCCUUGUGAAUGCACUUGCUGUAUAUUUCCAGAUUCGUGAUGACUAUGUGAAUUUGCUGGACGAAGCGUACAUGGAGAAUAAAAGCUAUUGUGAGGAUCUGACGGAGGGCAAAUUCUCGUUUCCGCUUAUCGUAGCAAUUCGUGAGAAUCCGCAGGAUACUCGACUGCUGAGUAUUUUGAAACAACGUACCAAAAGUGUUCACUUGAAACAGUAUGCUGUGCAGUAUCUGCGUGAGACAGGAGCUGUAAAGCUCACUCUUGCAAAGCUCAAUGCAACCGUAGAUGAAAUCCGUCGCGAGAUUGCGUCAUUAGGAGGAAAUUCGGCAUUAGAACGAAUCGUGGAUGGAUUGCAUGCUAAUAUCAAAUGA